AAUAAUUUCAAGCGGCAUUAAUGUAGGCAUCAAUAUAUAAUGCGUGUGGACAUCAACAUAUUGUGCUCUGGAAGGGAGGCUCCUGUGCGGAGCGUGCCCGUGCCCGACGACAUUGGCGAGAACCCGCACGUAGCUGUCAGUAGGAAAUGCUGGCUGCGGGUGUUGGAUGUCCCCCCGCUGCGGCGCUUGGAUAAAUUAAACAAAGAAAGUCCUUUUUGUUUUAGAAUGAAGACUGUUACUUAAAGGAUCGCUUGGAUUUGGUGAGAAUCGUCGCAGCGGGUCCGCAUGUCUGACCGAUAUAACCGAAACACUCAGCUAGCUAGCUAGGCUAACAGAAACAGAACACUAUCGGCGCUAAUGCUAAGAGUUAAAUUAGGCUAAAAUAAGCUAACAUAGCUAGCUGGUAACUUAGCUAGCUAGCUCGCCGCUUGCAGGACGUUUUCCUCUUCCAGGUCCUCACUCAGUUCAGCGGCUCCUUCCCCGGUGUCUCUGUUUUUUCGUGUUUUCAUUUUACGGAGGAGGUUGCGGAGCCGGAGCUGUGGCGGGGGGGCGUGCGGACAGGAACCCCCUGGCUAUCCAGGCGGACGGAUCACAGUGACACGCCGGUCGUGGGAGAGAUCAGAGUGGAACCAUGGCUGAACUCUCCACCCUAUCCCCAUCACCCCCUGCGUUGGGUGAUCCUCACUCUGCUCCAUCCAUCUCUCCGUCCUCAUCGGCUGUCGCUGCUCCCAGCAUCCCUGCUCCAGAGUCUAACAGGGAGAUAGCCUCACCCAAGUCCUCGCUCUACAAUGACAAAGCUUUGACUGGAUACUCUCCUUCAACACAGUCUCAGGGUUCAGCCUUGAAUCCCAACUCACCCUCAAGUCCUCCCAAACUCACUACUGAGACACCGCUCACAUCAUUGGUACAUGAGCCUGCUCCACAGGGAGAGGAAUCGGUAGGGAAAGAUGCAGAGACUGGAGCUCAUGUCCUAAAGCAGGAGGCGACAACCAGUGAGCCGGCAUCUGCGGGGCUUUUGAAUACUGAAUCAGAGACCCCAGCACUGUCAAGUGAGCUACCGGCAUCCCCUUCUCCUGAGCUUAAUCCUGGCCCUAAUCUCUACCCCAAUGUGCGUGUCACCCACAAUCCAAAUCCUGUCAUGGAUGACGGUCAAUUUACAGCGGUCCAACCCCAACCCGCUGCCGCCUCCAAUCCUACUCCUGCUCUUCCAGCAUCCACCAAUACAGAAGCAACAGCAGAGGAGGAGAAACCUCAGCAACAAGCACAAAAGCCUCAAAGUCCGCCUCCUCCACUCUCCCCAAAGCCUGACAUGCCCAGUGAAGCAAGGAAAGGAGAACUGCCCAGCACCCCCACCAGAGCUGAACCCCCCAGCCCGACUGUCCCACUGAUCCACGAGCCGGCCCCUAUUCUCCCAAUGCCCAAACGGCCAGCCCCUGAUACCCUCAGCUACCUAGAGUCAGCCAGCCUGAUGUCGGGGACGUUGGAGUCUCUGUCUGGGCUGGGAGAGGAUGGCAGCUCUGUGGGCUCAGACUCGGAGAUCAAUGGCCUUGCUGUCAGACGCACUGAUAAAUAUGGCUUCCUAGGUGGGAAUCAGUACAGUGAUAGUGGUGAAAAGGACCUUCGAGUUGAAGUGGCCAGACAGAGGGAGGUAAAAUGGCUUGACAUGUUCCACAACUGGGAUAAGUGGGUUAAACAUCGCUUCCAGAAGGUGAAGUUGCGCUGUAGGAAGGGGAUUCCAUCUUCUCUCAGAGCCAAAGCUUGGCAGAUGCUGUCCAACAGUCAAGAGCUCCUGGAAGCCAACCCUGGAAAAUUUGAGGAGCUGGAGAGAGAGCCGGGAGAGGCUAAAUGGCUGGACAUUAUAGAGAAGGAUCUUCACAGACAGUUUCCCUUCCAUGAGAUGUUUGCUGCUCGUGGUGGUCACGGGCAACAGGAUCUGUACCGGAUCCUGAAGGCCUACACCAUUUACCGGCCUGACGAGGGCUACUGCCAGGCCCAGGCUCCUGUGGCUGCAGUGCUGCUUAUGCAUAUGCCAGCUGAGCAAGCUUUCUGGUGCCUCGUCCAGAUAUGCGAGAAGUUCCUUCCUGGUUACUACAGUGCAGGACUGGAAGCGAUCCAGCUGGAUGGCGAGAUCUUCUUUUCCCUCUUAAGGCGUACGUGUCCGAUGGCGUAUCGUCACCUUAAGAAGUUCAAGAUUGACCCGAUUCUCUACAUGACUGAGUGGUUCAUGUGUAUCUUCUCUCGCACCUUACCAUGGGCAUGUGUGCUGCGUGUAUGGGACAUGUUCUUCUGUGAAGGGGUGAAGAUAGUGUUUCGUGUGGGUCUGGUGCUACUGAAACAGAUGCUCGGCUCUGUGGAUAAACUUCGGGAACUCCAGGGCAUGUAUGAAACGAUGGAGCGUCUAAGGAACAUCUCACCUGACAUGAUUAGAGAGGACACAUUGGUACAGGAGAUUAUCAUGCUCCCGGUGACGGAGUCGCUCAUAGAGAGGGAGUGCAGUGUCCAAGUAAGGAAGUGGAGGGAGUCCAGAGGGGAGCUGACACACCAGCCGGCCCGUCGCCUCCACGGCACGAGGGCCAUCUUUGAGUACAAACGUCGUGCUGCCUCCAUCAGCUCUGGCGGCAGCUUCUCUUUCCUGGGAAGCCCGAUCCCUCCGCCAGGACCCCUCAGGGCGUCAUCCAGCCUCCUGUCACUCCCUGGCUUCCGCAAGUCCAAGGCUCCUUUCCACUCCCACAAGAAGGGCUCUUUCUCUGGGCCAUCAGGAAUGGAGGGCCUGCCACCUCAGUCCCCACCUGCAGUAACAUCAAGCCCAGGACGAGGCCCCAGCCAUAAACCACCCAUUCCCCCAGGGGCAGGUCAGAGGGCACCUGCGCCCCACAUUCAGAGCCCACUAGUAGGGGGCUCAGCUAGCUCAUCACGUGGGCCUGCUCCGGCCUCAGAAGGCACCACAGCACAGGGCCAGACUCCUGCUUCUGCCACAGCACAAAGCACAGCAUCUCCAGCCACCGCUCUAGCGCCCUCGCCUAAGAUCGUCUCUGAGCAAAUUACUCCGACUAUCCCCUCUCCUACUGCAAACAAUGCCCCUCUGCCGCCAUGUCCAGAUUCAAAGAAAGAAGCGGCGCCGCCAGCUGAUGCCACAACUGUAGAAGAAGACGGAGGGAAGAAGAAGAAGAGGAGCAAGGAAGACAAGAAGAAGGAGAAGGAAGAUGAGAAGAAGAAAAUGAAGGAGAAGAAAGAAAAGGAAAAGGCUGAAAAAGAGAGGCUCAAGAAGGAAAAAGAGAGGCUAGAAAAGGAGAAGAAGAAAGGGGGGAAGAAAAAGGACAAAGGGGGAGGAGAAGCCGAGGACAAAAAUGGAGCUACAGGAGCGAGAGAUUCGGCCUAGUUUGCCUCCCCGUCAUUCCAGGAUAAUGAAAAGGGACGUUGAACAAAAAAAGAGGUCAGGGGAACAAAAGACCCCUAGAAACUGAAAGAGUGAUUAAUAAAAAAAAAAAAAAAAGAUGGGAUGGCUUCCUGUGUAACACAUCGUUUUGAAGACUUAAUGUAGUCCUUGGACUAUGGUGGAGAAAACUGGAUCAUGGUUUUAAUAGCACCUCGGGGUGAGGGGUUUUGCCCCUCACUCAAUGCUUUCUUUUUCACAGAGUUUUAGUAAGAUGGGACACAUUUCCUUUUUCAACUGGAGCAUGUGACUGUGAACCUGGCUAAUUUUUCAGAAGAUAACAGUCAUUAUCUCUUAACGUUUUUUUUUAAAUUAUUUUGAUUUUCUCUCAUUUUUAUUGUUUUAAUCAGAUUGAUGGCAGUGGUUAGAGAAACAUCGACUCAAACGAUUGUUGAACUGAAGGUUUGCAGAGAUAGUUACUGGUGCCAUAGAGUUUGUAAAUAAAAAGUCUACCUACAGAACAUAGGAUCCUAAAAAAACACUCCAUACGCCCCAUCAGUUCUCAUCUGUGGACAGGUUAUUUGGAUGCCUGGGACAAAAAGAAAAGAAAACCCUUUGAAGUCGUCUCACAGGCAGGCACUGAAGGCAGAAAUGCUAGUAAUGUUGUUGAGGAUGUAUUUAUUGUCAUGUUAAAUGUUGUGAGUGAGUGUGUGCCUUAGUAGUUUAGUGAAAUGUGUUACCGUUCUAUGUGGCUCUCCCUGUUUUCAGUCUGCCUGCUUUUUUUUUCUAAAUUCAAACCAUCAUUCAAUCUUGUGUGGUUCUUCCCCAAAUUUGUUAGAGUUUCAUUCUAAUGGGGAAAAUUAAGGAAUGUCCACAGACGAAAGGGGGAGAAAAAAAAACCAACAACAACAACCGGACACCAUGCAGUGGUGCCUAAUGGUUUGUUUAUGUGUGUGUUUUGUCUCUCGAUAAAAACAACACACAGGGAGCUUUUUAUUAUUUUGAUUUCAGGCCUCAUUUUACAUUUUUUGUCUGAGGCUGACAUUUCAACAUUAUGGAUAAACUGGUCAUGCAAAAACAUGCGAUAUCGAGCAGUGACCCUGCACAAGUCCUGCAGACCAAACGUCCACCCGUAAAAAAUAUGUAUUAAUUUACUUUUGACGAACAAAAUCCUACGUACGUGUUUUAUUUAGCCAAAUUUCAGUAUGGGUAAGAACUUAUGUUCGUCCACCCAUUAGAAUGUGAUUUCAAGUAUCUUAAGAGAAUGAAGGAUGUUUUUUGCACUUGUGAUUUUGUCACAAAGCACCACUGAAGUCAACCACUCCGAUAGUUUAGUAACGUAGAGAACGAGAGCCGACAGGCCGGUUUCAGAGUUUGAAUUCUGUGCCUCGAGGACUUAUAGGAAGCCACUUGACUGGAGGUGCCAGGUGUGCCAAUGUAGCAUUAACCUCUGACCUUUGACCUUUGGGCUUUGUUGUAUUUAUGUACAAAGUGGUUAAUUUAAUCAAAUAUAGUAUAUUAUGAAUUACUAUUAUUAUUAUUUUCGAUCUGACUAUUUUUCUAUGUGAGUUCGAGACACCUGGUUGACUGGAAUGAUGGCUGACUACACACAGUGUAGUUGCAGGGGGGGAUCAUCUAAGUGUUUAUCUUGAUUUCCUUUUUUUUUUUUUUUUCUUUGCACGCUAAGUCCUCUGCUUUUACAUGACAAAUUUGAUGCAUGUCUUUGCUAUUAUUUAAGUUUACUGUCAUUGUUGGUUUGGGUCAACUCUAGGUUCACAAGUCUCUAGUUUACUGAAGUGCAGUAUUAAACAGACUUGAGUGGAAAUACGAGGCCUCCGACAGAACAAACAGUGAGAUGGGUGAUUCAGACAGAAGUUUUGGGAGUCGAAGGUCUUAAUCGUACUGUAUAAUAUACUUUGAGGUGAUUUGAAUAGUCCUUUAAUUCGAGAUCUUAAGUAUGUCUGUCUCACCAGGUUGUGUUGUAACAUUCAUAAUGACUUAUGGACUAACUCCCUAACCUAUUUACACUCAGUGUUCUGUACUGUAAAAUAUUUAUGCAUACUUUAAACUGCACUGAACCCCAUCAGUAUACGAUGAAUAGUGCCAGGUAGUUAGUAUAAAACCAUAUGAUGGCGAAAAAAAACAAACAAAAAACAUAGAUGCUCUUUAACUGUGCUGUCUUUGUAGUUAAGGAUUAGAGGGACUUUCGUGUAAUUGUAGCCAACAUGUUCUCCAUAUUCAUUGUUUUUCACUUAUUUCAGGUCUCUACAUGGCUGUCAUUUAAAUAUAUAAACAUCACGCACUCCCUCCCUCCUCUAUUUCGACGCCAGUGCAUUUAUAGGCACAGAUUAGUGUAGUGUUAGUGAGGAUAAAUUGAACACAUCUAUGCAAACCAUCUUCCAUCAUGACUGUGGACAAGUGUGCAGACGGCAGCACUUAAUAAUGACCAUCAGAUUGGUGCCAUGGAAUAAUGAAAUUUGUGCUGCAGUAGGUUUUUCUGAGCGCACUUUCAGGCCCGUGGACUUCAAUAUUUUAUGAGCAAUACGUCCUUGCAGCUCAUUUCUCGAUGAUGUUGUCAUUUCUCUUUGUUCAGAGGGCUCGAGAUGUCAUGAAGUUCAAAUUAAUCUCUCGCUAGCUUGUGGAAUCAGCACUUCCCUCUGCAAUGUGGAGGACAAGAAUCAAGGAAAUCCAUUUCUACAGGUCCUUUGUGCAUUUCUGCAAUGAUCCUUAAAUUUGUCGUUCUUGGUUACAUUUGAUUGGGACUGACCCCACUGAUGCAAAUGUCUGAAGAGGCGUUUUUAGCUGUUUCUCUCCCCAUGCCGUUAUGUCUUCUGUGUUUUUAAGUUUACAUGUCACUCUCUCUCUCUGGCGAAAGUGAAAUAAAAUCAUAGCUAAUUGAAUUCAUUCCUUCAGAUCUACAACUGAUGUAUUUAAUUGAUGAUGAUAAUGACAUUUGUGAUGAGUAAUAAACCAUAAUAUAUUAAAUCA